AUGUCUGCAAAGGAUGUUAAAGAACAAACCCCCUUUCUGUGGCGCUGUAUUGUUGCCGUUCAAUGCAAGAGUCCGUUCCGUCAAUCUGAACUGUGUCUCAAUAUUCGUGAAGCAGCAGGUAAGAGACUGCUGGUGGAUUGUGCAAAGAAUCUAGACCUUCUACAGGGAGUCUUGGUGUAUCUCGCCUGGGUCACAUACCUAACUCAGCCGCAGAAGUCAUCUCUCUGUAUGUAUACACAGAUCGCGAUUGGAUUGGUCUUCGAGCUUGGUCUCAAUAAGCCAGCGCCCCCUGAUUUAUGUAUGGCAACAUCAAAUUGCAAUGCAGUGGGCCAUCUACCACAUCUGAAGGCGUCACUUUCAACCAAGCGAACCAUGAAUGAACGGCGAGCCGUGCUUGGCUGUUUCGUUCUCAGUUCCUUAAUAGCACAAUUCCUGGGGCGAAUGGAUCCACUCAGAUGGACGCCUCAUAUGGAAGAAUGUCUCAAUAUUUUAUCCGAAAGCGACGAAUCACCUAAUGACAUUGUGCUUGUGCAUAUUGCACGUACACGAUUACUUGCGGAUACGAUCUUACAAGGGCCUUGGAAUGACAAUCUCCAUGAUACAGACAUUGCCUCGCGAGCACCGGCAUCUUUUCAUAUGAAAGCUAUGCAGACGCAGUUACAAACUUUGAAGUCCAAGAUCCCUGUCGAUCUAGCUGACAAUAGAUCCAUUCUUUUCCACCUCCUUCAUACAGAGGUCAGCCUCUACGAGACAACCCUCGGCAAACCAGGAACGAACACAGAAUUUACAGACCCGCAACGCCUUGAUCACUUAUACGCUUGUCUAAACGCGGUCAAAGCUUUCUUUGAUCUAUUGGUAAAUAUUCCCAUCGCGAAGCUUACCUCCAUCGCCCUACCGGAUCUAAUUUACACCUCACACUGCCUUGUGACCCUCUUUCGUCUCUCGACUUUCGAUCACCCCGGAUGGGAUCAAGCCACUAUUCGGAGUACAUUGGAUCUCGUAACUAUUACCGGUCAGCUAGCUGAUCGACUGAAUGAAGUGGCGCAGGUUGUAGGGAUUCAUAGUGAAGGGGAGCAUCAGGAUCCAUAUAGUAGGCUGGGCAUGACGAUGCUGAAAAUACGGGGUGAAUGGGCGUCGAGACUGUCAGAUUUGGAAGCCGUGGACAUGGAUACUACAUUGGAAUUGCCUGUUUUCAACAUGAAUCAGUGGGAUUUAGAUAGCUUUCUCAAUUGGUCGGAGUGUUUCAGUUAG